AUAAUCAUUUUAACAUUCAUAAUCUUUAUUAGUGAGUGAAAAAGCAAUUUGAUAUUGAAUGACAACUCUGUAAGACUCAUUUUGGUGAAGCUUAAUGGAUAUUUUUUUCCUUGAAACUGCUUACUCAUCAAUGGAUUAUUGACGCCAUUUGAUAAUUGAUAAUCAGAAUAACAUCUGUUCUGUGUUGUAUAAUGAUAACAAGAAUGAAUGGUAAAGCCAGCUUCUAAUGGUUCAGUAUUGUUUAUUUAAAACAAAAGAGAACAAGAACCUUGUGACAGUGACUGGUUGUGAGACUUAACUUUAGGAUGUGAAUUUAAAUUGUAUGCCCAAUGCAACAGAAUACUAGCCAAUUCUGGUAUAAACUUGUCAGCUCAUGGUAGAAUUGCCCCACCAGUAAUCAAUCUCAUAUCUCAAACAACUAAGUUGAUUUUAACAUACACAAACAAUGUUAUAGUUAUUUCUUUCACGGCUUUAACUACAAUAGAUCAAAUUCUUUUGUAGUCGUAGUAAUUCUGAAUGCACAGUCUUUGUGUAGAACCCAAUAGAAGAGAAGAGCUUGACUGGAAGAGGAGGUUCGACAUAAUAUGUGGCAUUGCUCGGGGAUUGCUUUACCUUCAUGAUGACUCACAUUAUCGCAUCAUCCACCGAGAUAUCAAGGCCAGCAACAUUUUACUGGACAAAAAGUGGAUCCCUAAAAUUGCUGAUUUUGGCAUGGCCUGCCUCUUCCCUGAGGAUCAGACACAUGUCAACACCCGGGUAGCUGGUACCAGGUAUGUUCUUUGACAUAGUUUAAAUUCAUGUGACCUUUCUGUAAUCCAGUUCCUCCUCACAUUGUAUCAAAGGUGAUGACUUCUUUUUACUAGUAUAUAACGGUGGAUAUAUGGCACCAGAGUAUUUCAUGAAUGGUCAGUUAUCUGUGAAGGCAGACGUGUUCAGCUUUGGGGUUUUGGUUCUGGAGGUGAUUAGCGGCCAGAGAAACUCGACCUUCAGUUCGCAUUCUGAAUCACAAAGUCUACUGGAGUGGGUAAGGGGGUAAGAACCAUAAGAUGUUCUUGGUCACUGUAUGCUGUGCUAAUAUUUGUUGCUAUAAAAUCUUAUGAGCUGAACUGAAAUUUUUAUUCCAUUUUUAUGACUGCUUAAAAAGAUAUAGGUUAGCAAGAAAUGCUAGAUUAGGCUUGAAAAUGUUAGUAACUUUGCAUAUCUUUUGUGCUUUUUGCUUGCAGGCAUAUAAGCUCUACAAAAAAGGAAGGAGCUUGGAAAUGAUGGACUCUGCUAUAGCAGCAUCAGCAGUCCUGGAGCAAGUAGCUAUGUGCAUCCAAAUAGGAUUGCUGUGCACCCAAGGCGAUCCCCAAUUACGACCCACAAUGCGACGUAUAGUUGUGGUGCUAUCAACGAAACCUGGCAAUUUAGAAGAGCCAACCAGGCCUUGGGUUCCAGGCUCGCGAUAUAGGAGAUCCCGCAGACCUCCUGGAACGUCAUCCACUCCAGGAUCUUCCACUGCAGGCUCUUCUGGUGAUCCAAGACUUCCAUUUCUUAUCUUCUUCUUAAUUAUUUUAUCAUUAUUAUUUUUAAUUACAUAUAAUGUAUUAAAUUAAAGAAAGAGGAAUAAAAACUGGUUUUUAUU